AUGCCUUCCCAGAUCCUCAUCACCGAGCCUCACCCAACCGUGGCACCAAACACCUACACCUACUCCGGCCGCGGUGGCGCAGGCAACAUCUUCCGGGCCCCCGUGACGACCCCCGCCGCCGGCAUCACCACGCCAUUCCAGCCUGCCGCCGUCCACGGGCCCCGCCGCUUCUACUCGGGCAUCGGCGGCGCCGGCAACCGCCACACGGCGCAAGAGCAAGCCGUCCGCACUUUCGAGGAGGACUUCAAGCGUCAGGAGGUCCGCGACCGCACCGCCACCGGCCACGUUGGCAUCGGCGGCGCUGGCAACGUCAUGCGCAAGGGCUCCGACGCCUCCUCCGUCCUCAGCAGCGAGUCCUCGACCUCGGAGGUCUCGCUCAAGUCUCUCAAGAAGCGUGGCAGCAGAAUCUGGCGCCGUGUCACCUCCAGGCACAACUGA